UAAAAAUCAUUUCUUUUCUUGAAAAACAAAACCCAGUUCUUCUUCAUUUUCACCAUCUCCUUCUUUUGAACCCUCUUCCGAUCCCUAAACUUGAGCAGAACAUUCACUCCCUAUUUUAUUUCGCUGAAAAGGGUAAAAAUAAAAAUAAAAACUUUAAUAGAAGCUGUGUGUAUUUAAGAAUGGAGGGAAUACCCACUGGUUAUCGCCCCAACGUUGGUGUUUGUCUAGUCAACUCUGAUAAUCAGGUUUUUGUAGCUUCCAGACUGAAUGUUCCAGGAGCCUGGCAGAUGCCUCAGGGGGGCAUUGAAGAUGGCGAGGAGCCGAGAUCUGCAGCUACCAGGGAAUUGCGAGAAGAAACCGGUGUCGUAUCUGCCGAAAUCAUUGCCGAGAUUCCUAAUUGGUUAACAUAUGAUUUUCCUCCGGCCGUGAAGGCGAAAGUGAAUCGACUCUGGGGAGGCGAAUGGCAUGACCAGGCACAGAAAUGGUUUCUUAUGAGAUUAACAAAAGAUGAGAGUAAGAUCAACUUAGCAACGGGCGAGGCCGACCCGGAAUUCACAGAGUGGAAGUGGACAACCCCUGAAGAGGUCGUUGAGCAGGCUGUGGACUAUAAGAGGCCGACGUAUGAAGAAGUUAUGAAGACCUUCGGGCCUUACCUAAGCUACAAUAGCAAAGCCGUUAAACGUAAAUCAACAAUACGGUGAACGCCAUGCCGUGUUUCUUGCUUACAUUUCGCAAAUCACAAUCGUCUUGAGCGACAAACUGUUCAUACGUUUCAUUCUCAGCUACCAUCCCUUCGUCAAGAGUGCGGCGGAGUGAGCAAACCAAAGAGAAAUUUCUCGAGAUAAUGACUCCGGUCGACAAGUAACACCUGUUGUUUUCAUGAUAAAAAAUUCUGAUCAUUUAACACCACGUUGAUCCGUUUAUUGGUGAAGAUCUUCUGUGAAACCACCAAAGACUCGGAAUCAAGCGGAGCACCACUGGAGGAAGCGGAACCUGAAGGCGUCAUAGCGAAGAAGACAGGCCGAUCCCUACACUUCACAAAGGGAUUUCACUAUCCUCUCUUUUUCAGGCACACAAUGAAGGGCAGUAAUUCAUUUGUGUUCGACAUAG